UGGCGCAACGGAGGUCAUGCAGGUGCAGGCGCCUCGAGUUCCGGCGCCCACUUCGCCCGCACCAAUGGCGGCCACCCCCCAUUCCUCGCCCAAGGCCAUGCGCGCCCGCCGUGCCACAGCCUCCCUCCUCUCUCCCUCCCUCCCACCCCCGCGUCUCCUCUCCUCCCCACCCGCCCCGCAUCUCUCCAUCGGCCGGAUCGGCAGGAGAGCGCGGCCGUACGCACGUACGCCGUCCCCGCGGUUUCUUCCCCCCCGGCGCCCAGCCCGCCCGCCGGGCGGCGGCCUCUCCUAGCAACUAGUAGGGGAUGGGCGUGAUAUCUCGGAAGGUCCUGCCGGCGUGCGGGAGCCUCUGCUAUUUCUGCCCCGGGUUGAGGGCAAGAUCAAGGCAGCCUGUUAAGAGGUACAAGUCGAUCCUUGCUGAGAUCUUCCCCAAAACGCAGGAUGAAGAACCGAAUGAGAGAAGGAUCGGGAAGUUGUGCGAGUAUUGCUCGAGGAACCCUCUCCGAGUGCCCAAGAUCACGGUUUCCUUGGAGCAAAGGAUCUACAAGGAAUUGAGAAGUGAACAGUAUGGCUUUGCAAAAGUGGUGAUGCUAAUAUACCGUAGAUUGUUGGUUUCUUGUAAAGAGCAGAUGCCACUAUUUGCAAGUAGCUUAUUAAGUAUUGUACACACUCUUUUAGAUCAAAAGAGGCAGGAUGAUAUGCGCAUCAUAGGAUGUGAAACCUUGUUUGACUUUGCAGUUAAUCAGGUGGAUGGUACAUAUCAGUUCAAUUUGGAAGGGCUAGUCCCAAGACUAUGUGAGCUAUCUCAAGAAGUAGGAGAGGAUGAGCAGACCAUUGCCCUACGCGCUGCAGCCCUGCAAGCCCUUUCAGCUAUGAUUUGGUUCAUGGGAGAGCUCUCACAUAUUUCAUCGGAAUUCGAUAAUGUGGUUCAAGUAGUACUUGAAAACUACCGACCUCAGAAGAUGCAAAAUGAUGGUCAAGUUACCAAGGAUUCAAGCGACCAGUUGGAGCAAGAAGCCCCCAAAACGGAGGACUCCAAAGCAGAGGACUCCAAAACGGAGGACUCUUCCCCCUUUGUCAUCUCUGCUGUCCCCUUGUGGGAGAACAUAGUUAAUGUUAAGGGUGGAGUUAACCUUACUGUGGAGGAAGCAAAGGAUCCUAAGUUUUGGUCCAGAAUAUGUGUGCACAAUAUGGCUAGGCUUUCCAGGGAGGCAACAACAUUCCGUCGUAUCCUGGAGUCUUUGUUUCGGUACUUCGGCAACAACAGUUCAUGGUCACCUGAAAAUGGACUUGCUCUGUGUGUAUUGUUGGACAUGCAACUGUUAGUGGAAAACGCAGGACAAAACAUGCACUUAAUGUUGUCUCUACUGAUAAAGCAUAUUGAACACAAGACCAUGGUGAAGCAACAGGAGAUGCAGCUUAGUAUCGUGGAGGUAGCAGCCACCCUAGCAGAACAAUCCAUCGCUCAGGCUUCAGCAGCAACUAUAGGUGCCAUAAGUGAUCUUGUCAGGCAUUUGAAAAGGACAUUUCAUAUUACUCUCGGCAGCAAAGAUUCGGAGCUAGUAAAAUGGAAUGAAAAGUUCCGAAAGGCUAUAGAUGAUUGUCUAGGACAGCUGGCAAAGAAGGUAACUGAUGCUGGACCAGUUCUGGACAUGAUGGCCGUGAUGCUAGAAAAUAUUGCUAGCACUCCUGUUGUAGCUAGAUCAACUGCAGCUGCUGUUUAUCGUACAGCUCAAAUAAUUGCUUCUGUUCCAAAUAUUACCUAUCAGAAUAAGGUGUUUCCAGAAGCUCUGUUUCAUCAGUUGCUCUUAACGAUGAUCCACCCUGAUCAUGAAGCUCGAGUAGCUGCGCACCGCAUUUUCGCUAUUGUCUUGGUCCCCUCUUCCGUUGCCCCCUCGAUUCAAGCAAGUGUAUCAGGUCAGGCUAAGAAACAUGACAUGCAGAGGACACUCUCUAGGGCUGUCUCGGUGUUUUCAUCUUCAGCUGCCAUCUUUGACAAGUUGAAAAAGGACAAGCACUCAGACAACUCACAAGGUGAUAGCAGUGGCUUGCAUAGUAUCAGUGAAGAGUCUAGUAAUGCCAAACGUUCGAACCUACCUGUGUCUCAAAGUCGCCGACGUAGCAUGAAAAUUCCUAAUUUUUCCAUGAAGAGGGGUCCUUCAAUGGCUAUGAGAGCUCCUUCAGUAGCCCUGAGAGCCCCUUCCAUAUCUCUCAGAGUUACUUCGAUGUCUUUGAGAGCACCUUCCAUGUCUAUAAAGGCAGACCAUGGUUCCUCAAGCCAUCCAGAAGAUGAAAUGGAAUCAGUUUUGCUGAAGCUGAGCAGUCGCCAGAUCACACUUUUGCUUUCAUCCAUUUGGGCUCAAGCAACAUCUCCUGAAAAUACUCCAGCAAACUAUGAAGCCAUUGCUCACACUUAUAGUUUGCUUCUAUUGUUCUCUGGAGCCAAGGCAUCAGUUUUUGAGGCUCUUACUCAGAGUUUUCAGGUUGCAUUUUCACUGAGGGGCUAUUCACUGACUGAACCAGAUUCAUUACCACCAUGUCGGCGCCGUUCCUUGUUUACUCUUGCUACAGCUAUGAUCAUUUUCUCUUCAAGAACUUUCAACGUGUUACCUCUUAUUCCAAUAUGUAAACAAAUGCUGAAUGAGAGAACAGGUGAUCCAUUCCUCCGUUUGGUGGAUGAGUGCAAGCUUCAGGCUGUGAAAGAUUCCGUGGAUGAUCCGUCGAAAAUCUACGGAUCACCAGAGGAUAAUACUAACGCACUGAAGUCCCUUUCAGCGAUAGAACUAUCAGAGAGUCAAUCCCGAGAAUGCAUUGUCUCCACAAUCAUGAACAACAUAACAAAUAUGCUAGAGGCGGAGUUGAAUAGUGUGAAGAAUCAACUGCUAAGCGAUUUCUCUCCCGAUGACAUGUGUCCAACAAGCACUCAUUUUUUUGAAGCAACUGGUGAUAACUCAUCACCAGGAUCUCAUGAUAAUGAUCACCAUCCAGAGGCUGUGCUGAUCGACCUGGGAAAUGACCACGAUAUCUUUGGGGAAGCUUCAGAAAGUACAGCUGCUUCUGCAAAUGCUGUGCCUGUAACAGAUCUUCUGAGUAUCGAUCAGCUUCUUGAAACAGUUGUCACAGACCCGGCACCUCAUACAGAACGAGUGUCUGUAUCAACAGACAUGCCAUUCAAGGAGAUGAGUAGCCAAUGCGAAGCCCUCACUGUCAGGAAACAUCAGAAAAUGGCCUCCUUCAUGAGCUUCUCGCAGGAUAUGACAAUGGAUCCCAUGGCAACCAAUCAGCCGUUCCAGACGGAUUUGUCCCUUUUCCAUGACCCAUAUCCGCCUCAGGUUGGGGUGCCGAACACGAAUCCGUUCGUCGACGAUAACCUGUAUGGUUACCCCCAGUACAUGAACAUGAACGAAGCCAAUCCACAGCCAACUUAUGAGCAAGCCCAGCAACAUUUCCUGAGGUUGCCGGCAUCAAGUCCAUACGACAAUUUUCGCAGGGCUGCUGGUUGUUAGAGGUUGAGCCUGCAGCAGCAAGUCUAUCAUGCCACCAAGUUCUUCACAUAGAUGAGCAAAGAAAAGAAAUCUCAAGCCGAUAAUAAACCGAAUGAUGUGGCAAUUUUCCGUUUAUUUUGAAAGAGGAAUAUAUGCAUAUCCGUGUGCAUGGUCUUAGAGGGUCAACCGGAUUCAACACCCACUCGAUUCGUUCUUUAUGUAUAGCGGUAUAUACAUAUAUAUAGGUUAAUUCUUUUUUGUUUGUUUUUGCCAUUGCAACGUGUAGAGAAGAAACUGUGGGGAGCAGUGCCUCUAUCACGAGCUAUACAUGUAUGUGUGUAUGUAACUUGUGUCAAAUGCUGCAAAUUGGAGAGUAUAUCAUCACGGAAUUGGUGUGGUCUAUGAGAAAAAGAGGUGUCUUUCUUGAACCAGAAAGAGAAGCCUCCCUGUUGACAACUUCAAAUGUAAUUAUCAUUAUGUAAAUGGGAGCACCAUCUUUGUCCA